AUGCCGCAAGGUACACCAACUCCCUGGUCGUACGCUCUCAUCCGGCUGCUCUUCAGAUUUGUUCUAAAGAUUUUCUAUGGAACCAUUGUCAUUGAAAAUGCCGACCUUAUUCCAGAGACGGGGAGACCCUGCAUUGUCUGUGCGAAUCACAGCAAUUCACUGACUGAUGCUCUUCUCCUUGUCACUUCUAUUCCAACAUGGAAACGCAAUAUGCUGCGACUGACCGCAAAGGCCACCCAAUUUGGCCGUCCAACGUUUACGAGUUGGCUCAUCGAAUCGGCCGGUACUGUCCCAUUGCAACGGAAGAAGGAUUCACCUGAUGGCACUGUUGACAAUUCUCAAGUCAUGGCAAAUCUUAUGAUGGCUCUGGAAAAUGGUGAUGCUGUGUGUCUUUUUCCAGAGGGGCUUAGUCGCUAUCAUCCAACAAUCGCGCCCCUCAAGACAGGAGUUGCCCGCCUCGUAUCUGAUGUUUUGUCGAGAAAUCGGGAUAAUCCCGAUUUCGAGAUUUCCGUCCAGACUUGUUCAAUAACUUACAUGCAUCGACAACAUUUCCGGUCCGAUGUGUUGGUGACAUUUCACGCCCCUAUGAUCUUUACACCGAAGGAUAAUCCAGAAUUAUUGGAACCAGUUGAUUUUGCCAAUAUCCGAGCAGUAACGGCCAAAUUACACGAUAAAAUUAGCAGUGGAACUUUUGAUGCCCCCUCCUGGGAUCUCAUUAGAAACGCAAAGUUGGCCGCACGAAUGUAUGCUCCUCUGGGAACAAUGAUGACCUUAGGGGACCAUGUCCGGAUUGUCCGUACUUUCAUUGACGAGUUUAAAACUCUUCAAAACUCUCUUGCAUCUACAGAAGAUGAUGGAUCAAAAAAACUUCAACACGAUUUAAAGAUAUAUCAGGACCAACUCGCUAAACUGUCCAUUAAAGACGAUCGAAUACGUCGUCCCCUUUCUCGACGGACUAUCCUUUCCCGCAUGCUUGUUAGGCUCAUUUGGGCUAUUUGUUUACUCACAAUAUCUCUUCCUGGAUUACUUCUAUGGUUUCCUGUGUUUGGGACCACUUUCUAUGCAGUUCACAACUUCAAGAAAACAGGUCCAAUAUUCGACACAUGGGAUGAAAUUGCUCAGUACAAGCUGAUCUACGGUUUAAUGUCAGGCAUCUGUGUGUGGUUUACUGCAGUUGCCUUCACAUGGCCAUUCGCACUGGUGACUUUCUUCUUGGUCCCGGCCUUCAUGUGGAUGACCUUGCGUUGGUUCGAGGAUGCAGUAGCUGCUUUCCGUGCUUUUUCUUCACUUUUACGACUGCUGCUCGUUGGGAAAUCGACGCUGAAAACCAUGCGUGAAAACCGAAAGGACUUACAUGCACGGGUGAUGAACUUCGCUGUUCAGAAGCUUGGGUUACCAGAUGACCCUGAAUUCUACUUCUCGCAUGCUGGGGGUAAGGAGAAGGGAAGGAUUCAAGGGAGUUGGGAUAGUAAAGCCAGGUAUUUUUCAAUUAAGAGAAGGAGGAAGAGAGAUUGGAAUGAGACUCUCCGCCUUUACGAUAAAGUUGAUUACCCUGACGAGGAAUGA